ACAGCCGGUCCCAUCAGACCCAGUUAGUUCCUCUGACUGGGAGACACAAAGAGACAUGGAUCCAUCAGCGCUGGGCUGGUUGCUGGUCAUCAUCACCAUCAACUCUGCAGACGGAUUCAGAGAAUAUGCAGUGGAUCGUUGUGUCUUUAACUCCACUGAGCUGAAGGACAUCCAGUACAUCAACUCCUACUAUUACAACAAGCUGGAGUACGCCAGGUUUGACAGCAACGUGGGGAAGUUUGUAGGAUACACGAAGUAUGGAGUGAUGAACGCUGACCGGUGGAACAAAGAUACUUCACUGAUCGCUGUGAGGAUGGCUCAGAAGGAGACCUACUGCCAGUACAACAUCGGUAACUGGUACCCAAACAUGCUGACUAAAUCAGUUGAGCCUACAGUCAGACUGUACUCCAGGACGCCCCCUGCUGGCCACCACCCCUCCAUGCUGGUCUGCAGGGUUUAUGAUUUCUACCCUAAAACCAUCAAGGUCCGGUGGCUGAGAGACGGACAGGAAGUGACAUCAGACGUCACCACCACUGACGAGAUGGAGGACGGAGACUGGUACUACCAGGUCCACUCAACGCUGGAGUACACGCCCAGGUCUGGAGAGCGGAUCUCCUGCAGGGUGGAACACGCCAGCCUGAAGGAGCCUCUGGUCACCGACUGGGACCCGUCCAUGCCGGACUCAGAGAGGAACAAACUGGCCAUCGGAGCUUCAGGACUGAUCCUGGGUCUGAUCCUGUCUCUGGCUGGAUUCAUCUACUACAAGAGGAAGGCCAGAGGUCGUAUUCUGGUUCCAACCAGUUGAGCCCAGAUGGAGGUUCUGGUUCCCCCUGCUUCCUGCUGAACUGGACCAUCUGACCCAGAACCAGAACGUCUCAGAGGAGGAUCCAGUUCUCCAUCUGGCCCGGUUCUGUGGGUCGGUUCUGGUUCUGGUGGCCCGGCUGCUUCUCUUCCUCUAAUCAUCUUCAUCAAUAAUCAGAUUUUAUUCUUUGAUGUUUGGACCUGAAAUAAAAUCAAUAAACCAUCA